CUGUAUUAUCUGACACUCAGCGUCAAUCUGUGUGAAACUGGGUGUGAUUGGCUGAUGAAUUAAAUCCCAGCGGGUUUGGGCGGUGCCAUAUUAUCCUGUGUGGCUCAGCUGCGAGAAAAACAGAACCAACUGGAAGCUGUUCAUUCAUUCACCCUCCCGGCGCAGCAUACUCUACAUGAGCGCUACCAGCGUUUAGCUAGCUAGUCAUUCAGCUGGCUGUGGCAUUGCUGUGAGUUGCCAACUAAAAUGGCACACUUGAAGCAUUAAAACCGGCUGUCCAACAUGUGAAACUCUGCCUGCGCUGUGUGAACCAGGAGGUAAAUCAUCAGACAACCAUCAGUGGUGCAGUGGACGUGGUGGCUUUGCAACAAGGAUCAUGUGGUGGGCCUGGCCGUUCCUGCCCGCUCUAGUGCUUCUCUCAGAGCUCUCUGUGGUGAAAGUCCAGACGGCACCAUGCCAGACCUGCCAAAAACUCACUGAGAGUUUCAUUAAGGGCUUGGAGAAAACAGCCAACAAGAACUUUGGAGGAGGUAACACUGCCUGGGAGGAAGAGAAGCUGGCUAAGUAUGCACGCAGUGAGACUCGGCUCCUUGAGAUAGUAGAAGCUGCUUGUGAGAAAACAGAUUUUGAUUGUAACCAGCUGCUGGAGCAGAUAGAGGACCAAGUGGAGACAUGGUGGUUCCACAGGCAGCAGGAGGCACCUGACCUGUUUGAGUGGUUGUGCAUAGAAGAGCUGAGACUUUGCUGUCCACCUGGACGCUUUGGACCUGACUGUAAAGAGUGUCCAUCCAGCCCCAGUGGUGUGUGUGGAGGUCUGGGCCGUUGUGAGGGGGAGGGGACUCGCCUGGGUGAUGGAGAGUGUGUCUGUGAUCCGGGAUACUCGGGCCAUCUGUGCCAGAGCUGUGCUGAUGGCUACUACAGAGAGAAAAGCUCCAAUGACAGCACAGGAGCCUGUGCAGCUUGCUACCACUCAUGUAAGAAAUGCUCAGGGCCGCAGGAUUACAAAUGUCUUGACUGCAAACCUGGCUGGAUCCUUCAUCAUGACAAGUGCGUGGACAUCGAUGAAUGUGGUACAGAGCUGGCUCGUUGUCCUUCUAACACCUACUGUCACAACACAGAUGGAUCCUAUGAAUGCAGAGGCUGUGACCAGGCAUGUGUGGGCUGCAUGGGUAGUGGUCCUGCCCGCUGUAAGAAAUGUGCACGUGGCUACAGAUUGAAAGGAUCCAAGUGUCUUGAUGUAGAUGAAUGUAGUGAGCGUGCAAUAGCAUGCCCAGGACUCAAUGAGGCCUGUAUCAAUGAGGUGGGCUCCUUCCACUGUGACUGUGCUGAUGGCUUCAUCAGAAGAGACAGUAUUUGUGUUGAGAAUAAGCCUCCUACUGGUCCAGAGAAGGGACUGUUUGAUGAUAUGACAGAUGAUGAAGUCCUUGUACUGCAGCAGAUGUUCUUUGGCGUUGUAAUCUGUGCCCUAGCUACGCUCGCCGCUAAAGGGGACAUGGUUUUUACUGCCAUUUUUAUUGGAGGUGUGGCUGCUAUGGCUGGAUACUGGCUGACAGAAAAGGGAGACUACAUGCUGGAUGGAUUCCUGAAGGGACGCUAGGCUGUUUGGGGCCACGAUUUGAGGAAGGACCUUGGGAUACCAGCCAGUAAGGGUGAAUAAGACUCAACUGGGGCAGGAAACCAUCCCUACAAUGCUAGCCUUUCAGGGAUUUAUUUAGGAUUGGGGAGUUGCUUGAAAGGGCUUUGGUUCAUUUUAUGUUUAUGAAAAGGAUAACGCAAGAAAAAAGUGGGAACUUGAAGGCUAUGAAGCCAUGAAUCUUGGAAGAGGAAAUGACAAAGCUACACUGCACUGACUUAAAGGAACUGAAUCCCCUACCUCAACUCUGUUGGGAACAAGGGUGACAGGAAGACCACUACUGAUUGUUAAAAUCUAUUAUGCAUUUGUAUGUUUCACCUGGCCUCGAUGUUGCUCAAGAAAUUAUGUUGUUUUCUUUCACACAAUCAGAACCUCUUGUCAUCGUGUCCAUCGUUUUUUCAUUAUCUCAAUGCUGUGAAGCAGCGGUUUGCCCAUAAGAUGCAACACUUAAGCUUCUUGUUAUGGGGUUAGAUAAGGCAAUUUUAAGAAUUUCCCCAAUCACCCUAAAAAGAAAGCUCAUCAAAACUCUGGGAUAUUUCCAUUAUGAACCACUGGUUAUUUAUGUUCACUGAAUGACUUUUUACCUCCUUACAUACUGAAUGAUUCUUUUUAGUAAUAAUGCAUGAGAAUAGAAUUUGAAAUGAAAGGUACUACACUGUAUGUAUUUAUUUAUUGUCUUACUUUGGCAUGGAAGACUGACUUUUAAGAGCUGUUGGAUCACCAACAUCACUGUUAUCAAUCACUUUUGAGUGUGCGAGGGAAUGCGCUUCGGUAAAUACCAGCUCCAAUUUAUAUGAUGCAAGCCAUUUUCUGUUGCCUUUAAUUUAUUUUUACAGCAAUAUUUAUUGGGAAAAUGUUAUCAUACAUCAUACAUUUGCUCUUGACAUUUCCUCUGUGUAUUUUGGUGUGCAUUUUCAAUGCAAUUUUUUUUUUGUAUCUGUUCAAUUGUAAUUCUAGCAGAUAUAGUAGCAUCAUUUCUUACCCGUCCAUCUAAUUUAUCUUUGGUUUUACUAGUGUGGAACGUUGUCCACAGACUCAUUCAUUAUAGAUGUUUGCUUUACAAUAAAAAUGUCUGACACUCCA